AUGGUGUUCAUCGUCGUGAAGGGGACUAGCUACCCAGAUGAGUUCACAGUGGAGCGUGCGCUGACAGACGUGCUCUCCUCGUCGGAGCAGUCGUCGCGGGGAACCGCAGACCUCAGCUCCCCACCUUCUGUGUGUAUGUCUUCUUCUAGAGACACCAUUGUACCAGCCAUUGCGCACAUCCUUAAUAAGCGCCAUCAUGUGCGUCUGAUGCUUAUGUCAGCCCAGGAGCUGGUCACGCUGUGGCCUCAGCAGCAGCGUCGCUUCGAUGACACAGCUAACACAGAGGCAAGGGAGAACCACGAGUUGGACGAAGUCGUAGGGCGCUAUCAAGCUCUCAUCGAUGAACUCAACAGACGACUCAAGGACACAAAGACGCCAGUGUCAGCAAACGAGUUCGACAACGCGGAGCUCGAGCUGCGCACGUUCGCCACGGCCCUGUACCCCUCUCUCUGCACCCACGCAAACGGAUCUGAGGCCGCAGUGGAGCAGCUGUACGCGAAGUAUGAAGACCCUGACCUAGACGAAGAUACGCGCUUGGUCGUAUAUCACUGUCGUGUCCUUCUCGAUUCCGAGUGGAAGGCGAAUGAGCGAGUCAAGGAGGACGAAGCGGCACUGUGGUUCUGCGGAAAGCCGAUGGAGGCAACGCUGGCCAAGUACUGUGGGCGGAACGAAAAGAGCAAAGUUAUUGUUAAAGUAGCGCCGCGGAAGGGGCCGGCCCCGAGUUGUGAGCCACGCAUGCGUUACGAAGAUCAGCGCGCGCUCUACCACGCGAUGUGCCAGCGGCGCGAAACGUACAAGCAGCUGGAUGAUUCGGAGCUGCGCGACCGUGUCGUCCGGCAGUCACGGGGCGCGGAACGCUUACUGUUGGGUGCGACAGCGGCUGCCAGCAGCCUCAGCACAGGGACACCGAUACUGCCGUCGUCGGCCUCUGGAACUUCCAACGCGGCGGCACUGCGCACAGAUGGGCUGCGUCCUAUCUUCUCCCGCAAGGAAGAGCGUGAGCUGCCCAUCUCUUGA